GAAAGACAGAGUGAAUUGCAUCCCAGAGCAACAUGGGACAGUGGAGGAGAUGAACAGAUAAAAAGAGACGAGAGGUUGGAGCUUUGAAUACAGCUGGUGUGAUGACUGAUGGGGUCUCAGGCAAAAGAGGAGGGGACUGACAGUGACAUUGUGGAACAAGGGUGGGAUUUAUUGUGCUGGAAGAAAAUAAUUUCAUUUCACCCUGUAUCAACAGGAAAUACUUGAGAAUUACAGGUGGUAGACCAGCUUUCCAACUGCAGAGCAAAGACGGAAUAACAGUGGAUGGUGCAGCUUUGGAGAACAUGAGGAUAUUUAUCCCGCUCUUCAUAGAAUUACUGCCGUAACCAUGAUAGUGCAAAAAAGACCUAAGCUAACUUUUUGAGCUUGGACUCAUUUUCAUCCUCAGUUUUUAGGAAGUUACAGAUGAAUUAGAAUUGGAUCGUGUGGGACUGAAAAUAAUUUUUAUAUUCGAACUAAUGAAAAUCGAGAUAUCAAGAUGUUAUAUAUCACUAUCAUUUCAAAAGCUGUGGAGGCCCAACACUGGCAGAAAGAAUGGGAUUACCAACUGAUAUAUACAGCGAGGUUGGAAAUCCUACCAAGGUGUUUGAAUCAUGUGGUUGACUGAGAGCAUGGAGCCAGAGGAAGCACACAGCAAGAGAAGCUUGUUCAGCAAGGUAGAUGUGCCUGACCAUGUUCACUAUGUCGUUGCUUUCUUCGUAUUCGUUAUUGGGGCACUUGGCAUCACUGGGAAUGCCCUGGUGUUGUUUGCUUUCUGCAGCAACAGGAAGCUCCGUAAACUGCCAAACUACUUCAUCAUGAAUUUGGCAGUGAGUGAUUUCCUCAUGGCUUUCACACAGUCUCCCAUCUUCUUCAUUAACUGCCUCUACAAAGAAUGGAUUUUUGGUGACACGGGCUGUAAGAUCUAUGCUUUCUGUGGUGCCCUUUUUGGCAUCUCUUCCAUGAUAAACCUUUUGGCCAUCUCAAUGGAACGAUAUCUGGUCAUCACCAAACCACUACAGACCAUGCGUUGGGGUUCCAAACGGAGAACGAUUUUUGCCAUCUCUCUCGUGUGGUUUUAUUCUUUGGCUUGGAGUUUGGCUCCUCUUGUUGGCUGGAGCUCCUAUAUCCCAGAGGGCCUGUUGACAUCUUGCACAUGGGAUUAUGUUACAUAUACAACAGCUAACAGGAGUUACACCAUGAUGCUCUGCUGUUUUGUCUUCUUUAUUCCACUCGGGAUCAUCUUUUACUGCUAUCUUCGAAUGUUUCUAUCUAUACGAAAGACUAGCAGGGAGGUCGAACGUUUGGGCACUCAGGUCAGAAAAACAGCUCUUAUCCAACAGAAAUCCAUCAGGAGUGAGUGGAAAUUGGCAAAGAUUGCCUUUGUUGUCAUUGUGGUGUAUGUCCUCUCCUGGUCACCCUACGCCUGUGUAACAUUGAUUUCCUGGGCUGGCUAUGCCAAUAUUUUGUCUCCAUACUCCAAGGCUGUUCCUGCAAUCAUUGCAAAGGCCUCAACAAUUUAUAAUCCAAUUAUCUACGCCAUCAUUCACAACAAAUACAGGAUGACUCUUGCAGAAAAAGUACCAUGCCUGUGGUUUUUGUCUCCGGCUCCCAGAAAGGAAUGCCUGUCCUACUCCAUCAGUGAGUCCUCUCUCAGGGACUCCAUCAUCAGUAGACAGUCCAACACUUCCCGGACUCAUUUUAUUAAUGCUUCACCAAACCGCAUUGAUAUGAUGUUGAAGGAUGUAGAAAUGGAAUAUCUUGGGAGGCAGUCGGGAGGCUCCUUUAAAAGCAUGUCAUCAUACAGGUCGUCAUAUAGAGGCAGAUCCAGUAAGAGGCCAUCUGAGCCCCAGAUGAUCAACAACUGCACAUCAAAGAAGCAACAAACUACUAAGAUUGACCCACUGAGCACCCAUGACCAUGGCCUGGUUUCCAGCUCUCUGAGCAUCACCACAUUACCUUUACUUGUUCUUACCAGGAGACGCAGUGAGAGCCUAACAGAUGGGACUUUACACACAUACAAUGACAAAAGUGACAUAGAGCGGCUGCAAGGCCAGAAGAGCAGCUCUUUUGAUUCUCUGAAUCUUGGGAAAAAGCCCAUUACUGACCCCAAGUUGCCUCAGAGUGUUCCUCGCAUAAUUGUCAUCAGUCCGAGUUCUGAAAGCAGCAUCAUCCACCAUGAUGGCGUCCGUUUAGAAGACAGCAUUGAAGCAAUGGAAAACAAUGUUUUUGUAAGUCUAAACUUCUCAACAGAAGUAUUUGAGGCAGUGAAACUACUCUCUUGACCACAUGGAAGUAUACAUGUUCAACUUUGGACUAAAAGACAAUCAAAUGGACAGAGGUAAACUUCUAGGUCUUUUUUGAUGUUGCGCUGAAGUUUUCUGACUGUCCCCUUUACCACAGCAACUAUAGAGUAGAAGAAACUGAAAUAAAACGACAUAAACAGUUUUUAGCACAAUGCAAUCUUUGGCUGGGAAAGAUGAACCUGAAAAGGACAACUUUUUAUUUUUGAGUUCCCACAAAACAGAGCACUGAAAAUAGAGUUUUCUACGCUUAAUAUGCCACUUGAAAUGUUUCCUCUGUUGAAUUGAAAUGAUUUAGAUUUAAAAGUCCUUAGAAUAUUCUCCCUAAGCUAUUCAUAAAAUCUAAGAAUAUAUAACGAAGACCCUAGAAAACAAAAGUGGGGGUGCAAUAAAAGCAUAUGAUUUUCGUUCACUAUUGCACCUUUAAAUCAGUGAGAAACUGAAGAAAAACCAAACCAAUUGCAUGUUAACAUGUGCCUAAAAUUAAGAUAUUCAUUUUUAAUGUUGUUACAAAAGAGCCACAUUUACCAGAUUUGUACUGGCAACAAUUCAGCAAUGUAAUGAAAAGUGAAGCAGUUCAAACCCUCAGGAAAGGAAGGAUAUCUUCUAUAAAACCUGACAUUUCUAUUAAUCACUCAUCCAUUCUGAUAGAACUAUCCUAUGACAUUUAAUAAUCAUACAAGUUAAACAGCAUUUAGCAAAACCAGAGGAUUAGCUGGAGGUUUCCUUCUAUUAAACUUGCUGCAAAGUUAAAUCAUUAUAUUAUGUUUGCUUCAUGCUGGUUCAGGAGGAGCAAUGGCUUCUCUCAGUAACUGGUAGCAAUCAGGUGGAUUUUCCUUAAAUAGAAAACUUUUAAACAAUUCACAUAGAUAUCACAGUAAAAACCUCUUAUUCAUUUCUGUUAACAUUUAUGUUUAAAGCAAUUGGUAUAUGCUAUAAAACAAGCACUAAACAUAAUUUUGAAAUUUAUAAAUGUUGACCUACACAAGACUGCUGGCACCCUCCAAAAGCAAUAUAAGAACAAGAGUUCCUUUGUUAAAGAGGCUUGGAUUUUCCAAGAUGUGUUUUUAAAUAUAUUUCUGGAAAUUGGAGUUGAAGGCAAAGUUGUUGCAGAAAAUAUGUAAUCUGAUUUAAAUGAUUGAUAUGAUUGUUAAGAAAAGUUGAUUUAAUGGUGCAAUGUCCUUAUUUUUGCUAUGAGAUCAUUUGUGAUCAGUUGAGAGGCUUUUUAAAUGAUGUUUCCACUGUCCAUAAUGAUUUGGGAAAAGUUUAUUUUGACCAAUGUUGGUCAGCUUUGUUUUCUCAUGCCCUAAUGGCUUGAUAUACAUUUUUUCUAUCCACUAUAGAGAAUUUUAUGCUUUUAUUUGCUGACUAGCUUUAUGUAAAUGCUGAUUUGAUUUCCAGUAUUGAUACUUGAACUGAAAAAAAUUAUGCAACCGCUUUUGGCAUUUACUUAAUGAUAUUUAGUCACUAGUUUUAUGUCCUACCCUGCUAACAUGAAACAAUUGUGUUAAAGUAACUAAAUAUGAUGCCAAAAAUGGUUGCAUUAUUUUUGUCAAUGUGUCCUCACUGCCAAAUGUUGGUUUACGGGCCAUGCUUCUGCUUGAUUAACCUACAAACAAGGUCUAAACUAAAUCCAUAUUGAACAAAUAGAAUAUUUUGAGGAAGACAAAAUACAUCAGAUCCAACAAUGGAAAUUAGCUGUAGGUAGUUAUUACAGCAUAACAACCUGGGUUUUCUAAACACCUCAAAAGAACCACAGGCUUUUCACGUCCAUACCGCAAUGCAGUUAUUCAUGCAAAACAAGCCAAAAGCUAGUAUUUAGUUAAUAUUAUGGUAUCGAUUAUGAACAGAUUUUUGGUAGGAUAACAUUUCUGUAUCAAAGAUCCUUUUUUGGGGGGUUUUGUCUUCUUCACAUCAUAAUAAAACAGCAAAAGCAGCAACCACACUAUGUAAAACUACAAAAUGGAAGUAAGGAGAUAAGGGUGUAAGGAGUUGAUAACAAAAAGUAUAAUAAAGUUAUUUUAGCAUUAUUCAUUAUUUAAACCAAUAAACACAUGAACAUACAGUAUAUCAACUUGGUUUUCAGAAUUUGUAUUAUAUGUAGUAAUAAGGGUGACAUUUUUUGAAAAAUAAAGUAACUUUUUAAGGAAUUUAAAAUGUGUUCUACUAAACAUUUAUAUCAUCUACUAUUUUAUUUUAAUUUUUUUGGUUUCCUUUUACAAUUUCUUGGUUUUUGGUUGGAGAGCAAUUGGAAGCCAAAACCAUUAAAGCUCAUGUGCACUUUUGCAUUUUAAGAGUAUUAAUAGUUGUGUGAAAUGUUUGCUAAAUGUUAACAGUUCUAUGGAUUCUAUCACUAAAGGUAACUUGUAAAAGGUAUGACAAGAAUGUUUUCCUGAAAGAAAAUGUUUUCCAGUCUGAAUUGUGCAGCUUUUAGCCAUGUUAUAAACUUAAACCAAUAUUGCAUGAUAUCCAUCUGUUACCAGUUCAACCUAAUUCUAACAAGAGAUUAAAAUCCAACAUUGAGUGCAUAAAAACAUUCAUAACUGUUGAGGGGAUCGUGGUUACCCAUUACCCUUUUUGAAACAAUUUAACAAAGUAAAUAGAUAAAAACAACUGAGGUUUUUACAGAGGUUUGCAUUUGUAACAAAUAAUGUAUAUUUGUAUAGAUCAUCUAUAUUCAACAAACUGCUUUAUCUAGUAUUCCAUCUAGCUCAUGCCGGUAUCAAUGUCGACCGCAGCUUUUUUUCGUCAGUGUCUGUAGAUAUGAAGCCAGGAGAUGUAAUACUCGUUGAUAAUGUAAAGAGUAGCUAUAUUUAUGGAAAGAAAUGCUGUCCUACCUUGCAUAGUUUGCACGUUUUCUUCAUAUCAUUGUCACUGUUGCUCUCAGAAAUAGUUAUGUGUCAUUUUCUUAGUGUUUAUUCUUUAAAUUGACUUUUCCCUUGUUCUUUUGGUAAUUUGUUAUAGAUAGGUUGUGUAAAGGUUUAAGCAUCAGACUGAUUGUGCUGUAUGUUCUGCUGUUUAUCUCAAGCUUUCCUAUUCUUGGUACAACAAUAUAUAUCUAUAUUGUUUAAAUAGGAACAACAUAAGAGUUUUAUGAACCCUAUGAAAGUUUUUUUUAAAUAAAAGAUGUAUGUGAUUA